AAACGCAAAAUGAAUGUGCCGUAUUUACACAGUGGUAUUGCCACAGGCACUGCUCAAAUCACGUUCGAUCGCUAACGAGCUAUCCUGGUGAUGAACUGGGCUUCGUAGACAGACCUCAAUCGCUACAUUACGUUAUUGGUUGGUGCAAUCACAUUAUAAUCUCGGGAUGACUGAAACGGACUCCUUUAACGCAUCUUUGAAUACACUGCCAGAUGAAAGUGACCUAUACGGCAAUGAGACUGCACUUUUGAACGACACCGACGUCCUAGUACCUGAUGAACUUUUGGGCCCUCGAUACCACAAGAGGGUCCGCAUCGGCAUCAUCAUAACCAUGAUCAUAGUUUCGACCAUUGGAAACAGCGUCGUCUGCUGCAAUCUGCUGGUGAGGCAGCGCCACCGCAGAGUGUCCAAGGCCAGAGUGCUGUUUCUCAAUCUGGCCAUCGCUGACCUGCUGGUUGCCUGCAUAACAAUGACAUCACAGGUAGUGUGGGAGGUGAUGGGUCGCAUUUGGAUUGCGGGGGACGCGUUCUGCCGCUUCUUCAAGUUUCUGCAGACGUUCGCCCUGGUCUCGUCGACCUACAUGCUCGUGGCCAUUGCCGUGGACAGGCACAUCGCGAUUGCCACUCCCCUCGCACCCAGUCCGGAUCCGUGGAAGUUUGCUAUUGUCACCUGGAUUGCGGCGUGCAUGCCUUCGCUGCCGAACGUGUACGUCUUUCACAGUGUUGAGGUGGCUCCAGGAAGGUGCUUCUGCGCGUCCAUUUUCUACGACCGGGGCACUCCGCUGUACCACCGCCAGAUUUACAUGGGAUUCGUCUUCUUCAUGGUGUUCAUCGCCCCACUCGUGCUGCUCAUAGCGUUUCACACUGGUAUACUGUGGGCUCUGUGGAAGCACAACGCGACUAGUCGGAGAGUGAGCUGCCAAACCACUUCGUCACUUUCCCGUGCCAAGGUCAAGACACUGAAGAUGACGGCCGUAGUUUUCGGCGCUUUCCUAGUGACCAACGUGCCGUACAUGGUCCAGGAGGCGAUCCUGGCCUUCGGCAACCCCGGCAUACUAGAUGCCAACGUGGUCGCGCUGUUCGGCGUCAUAUCUGCCUCGAACAGUGCCAUUAAUCCGUACAUAUUCCUGUACUUCCAACGAGUGCGUAAAAGCGCCGCAGACAGUGGAUUCUGGCAAACCGUGUGGCACGUUGUGGUUGAAUCGUUCACGUGUCGCCUGCUGAGUCGGUCCCAGUCGAGUUCCCAGUUCUCGACUGACGCGGCGGACGCCUGCUCACCGACGCGACGUUCCACAAAGCCCACCACGAGUAGAGGGAAAGAAGAGCGGCGCGCCUCAAGAAAAAGAUGUGCAAACUGUUGA